UACAACCCAUCACACACGAUGGUGUGUAAAAAGGGUGCGUUUCACUUCAUACGGUAGUGAUUAGAUCGUGGAACGUUCGAUGAGUUAACCAGCAAUCGAUUGCCAUACUUUCCCACAUAAAACAACAUUGCAGUGCUGGGGAACGAUUCAGUUCCGAGGAUUACUGCACUUCGGGUGGGAUCGCUAGUGUCGUGAAGGUUUUAGAAGCAAGCAGUAAUGGUGUCUAAUAGGGCUACAUUAUCCUUGCUGUUUGUGCUGUGUGCUUUAGCACCAACUGCUCUCUGGGCCCAAACAACAACAACAGUAUCGAUCGAUCGUCACUUACAACCAAGCCGCUUCGAUCGUAACAAGCUUCACCUGAUCAAGCGCGAGCAGUUCAGUGCACGAAAUGCAAAAGAUGUGUCCUCGUACCGGCUCCCAAAUGAGACAGUUCCGGAAAGCUACACACUGGAGCUAAGCUCCAACAUACAUUCGCAAGAUUUGAGCUUCAAUGGAACGGUCGUGAUAAGGGUACGAGUGCUACAAUCUACAAGAUCCAUUGUGCUUCAUUCGAUGCGUAGUAAGCUGGUAAAUGUUGAGGUUAGGAAUGCCAAUCAACUUAAUGUGCCGAUCACCAGCACCGAGGAGGAUCCCGAACUGGGAACACUUACAAUCGGCAUGGGAACGGCAUUGUUGCCGGGAGUUUAUCAGCUAAGGAUAGUUUUCGAAAGUACGCUUCGAACUGAUGUUGGUGGAUUUUACCGGACAUCGUACAAUAAUGGCAAUGAGGUGCGAUAUGCUGCCGUUACCCAGUUCCAACCGGUGGAUGCACGGACGGCUUUUCCGUGCUUCGAUGAGCCUGGUAUUCGGGCUACCUUCACCAUAACGAUUACCAGUGGCGUUGGGACGAAGGUUUACUCGAACAUGCCAGUGAGAGCCGUUACCAUUACAGGAAAUGGACUUAAGCAAACGAGCUUCCAUACGACACCGAGCAUGCCGACCUAUCUGGUAGCGUUUGCCAUUCUGGAUGAUUUUGCUAGCACCCGACUGUCGUUGAAGGCACCACCGUCCAGCAUCAGCAUGGAGUUGAUUGCACCGCCAACCGUGACGGACAGUGCGCAAACGUACGGUCUAGACAUCGGUGGCAUAGUGAUACGUGUGGUCGAACAGUACUUCAACCAGACGUACGAUUUGCCCAAGCUGGAUCAACUAGCCGUGCCGGACUUUUACUUUGCUGCGAUGGAAAACUGGGGCUUAGUCAUCUACGAAGAGCGGUAUCUGCUGUACGAUGAGCUAACGAGUACGAACCGCGAUAAGGAGAACGUCAUCGCUACGAUUGUACAUGAGUUUGUGCAUCAAUUUUUGGGUAAUCUGCUAACACCACACUGGUGGUCAGAUUUGUCACUGAGCGAAGGUUUUGCUACGUUUUACGAGUACUAUCUUAGCAGUAUGGUGGAACCGAAUAUUAGAUUUAAGGAGAAAUUCACGAUCGAGGCUCUGCAACCAGCACUACUGGUGGACUGUGACAUUAACAUAAGACCCAUAUCGUACGAUGUGGAAAAACCGAUCGACAUUGAGCGGAUGUUUGAUAUCAUUUCCUACCAGAAGGGUGGCAGCGUUUUCCGCAUGUUCCACUACGCUCUCGGUGAGCUAACGUUCCUCAAAGGAAUGCGGCGAUACAUUAGUACUAAUAAAGGCCGAUCGGUUACACCGGAUGAUCUGUUUAACAGUCUGCAGUCAGCGGCUGUGGAAGAUGCUGCAUUACCGCUUAGUCUCGAUGUAGCAACGGUUAUGAAACCAUGGAUCUAUCAAUCGGGAUAUCCUUUGGUUACGGUGACACAUCAAGCUGGUGAACUGAUCUUCAUGCAAGAACAUUUCCUGUAUCCCGAAUCGACGAUCAGUAGUAACCGGACGUGGUGGAUCCCGAUCACGUAUGACUUGAAUUCCGGUGAAACGAAACAGUUUUGGAUACCUGAAGGAACUUCGCAGGUAUCGCUUGAACAGGACGACUUGUUGGUCGGGGAGUACCUUUUGGUGAAUCCACAACAAACUGGAUACUAUCGUGUGAAUUACGAUGAGGAUCUCUGGAUGCGUUUGAUUAUGCAGCUAAACGUGGAUCUAUCGGCCAUUUCACCGAUCUCUCGAGGACAGUUGAUGGAUGAUUGCUUCAAGCUGUACUACAGUGGACGUGUAGGAGCUAACAUUAUGCACAGCUUGCUGACGUAUGCCAGGGACGAAACUGAUGCCAUACCGUGGACAGUAGCAUUCGCUAACGAUAAUCUUGGCGUGUUGCGGAAUGCUUUAAUCGUGGAUAGAUCGGCUUUUGAUGCGUUUUCUAGUUUUGUGAACACACUGACAGCGAAUGUCUUCAAUGAGGUAGGCUUUGAUGCAUCACCAACUGAUCCUCACGAAACACAACGGCUUCGCCGGUCCGUCAUAGAGUGGAGUUGUCGAUCGGGAUCGAUCGAAUGCCGCACGGAAGCAUUAUCCAGAAUGUUGAACGAUUUGAGCGGAUCAGUACUAUUGCCUUCGUAUAUUAAGGACAGCGUUUACUGUGGUGGUGCAACGAUCGCUAGUACCUCCCAGCUACAGACUGUGUGGCAACGUUUGCAAAGCGUUAGUAAUUUUGGUGAACGGUUAAGCAUCAUAGAAUCGUUGGCUUGUACGGAGAAUGCCGAGUUUUUGGAUGAGUUACUAAAUUCCAUCUUCAUUAAUGAAAAUCCGGGUGAAUGGGAGUUUAUCCUGUCGGCAGUUUAUCGUAACUCUGCCAUUGGGUAUGAAGCCUUUGAUGGAUGGUUGACUCGUAAUGCACUGCAAAUUAUUCAAAGUAUCGGUAUGGAUCCAGCAUUCCUUAAUAUUCUGGCUGAUAUUAAUUCACGGGUGGAUAAUUUACCAAAAUAUGACGAGUUGGUGCAACUUUUACAGAAUUCAUUGCCUUAACAUUGAACCAAAAUCAAUGUA